AUUAAGUGUUGACUAGCUCUGGUUCACGAAAGUCGAAAGUCUGCAUUCACUAAUCGAUCGACCGACCCGCCCUGUAUUAUGCUGGCCGCCCGGUCCCAGCUCCCUGCUACAUUCCAUAACCAAUCCACUCGCUCCGUGCUAGGCUCUAUCCUUCGCCUUUACAACCAACCGACCCAGCGGAGCCACUUCAGCGCAUCGCAACGCACGAUGGCCGCGGCCACUGGCAAGGCUCGCACCGCGCUGGAUGAGACCUCCAAGACGGGAGAAUUCAAACGCACAGAUGCGGGGUUCCGCAACCAAAUCGCACCCGGCACACGCUUCGAGCCGGAGGCGGGUCGCUACCACCUGUACGUGUCUCUGGCCUGCCCCUGGGCCUGCCGCUGCCUGGCAGUGCUGCACAUGAAGGGCCUCACGGACGCCAUCGGCGUGUCCGUCACACACCCCACCUGGCAGCGCACCCGACCCGAGGACCCCGCCGACGAGCACACCGGCUGGGUGUUCCGGGCCCCGGGCGACGCCCCCCUGUCCAGCGCCACGGGCUUCGGCGCCUUCCCCUGCACCGGCUGUGUCCCCGACUCCAUCAACGGCGCCACCACUGUACGGCAGCUGUACGACAUGGCCAAUGACACGACUGGCAAGUACUCGGUACCGGUGCUGUGGGACAAGAAGGAGAAGACCAUCGUGAACAACGAGAGCUCUGAGAUCAUCCGCAUGUUCAACACCGCCUUCAACGACGUGGCCAAGAACCCGGGCCUGGACCUGUACCCGGAGGCUCUGCGGGCGGCCAUCGACGACCUCAACGCCUGGACCUACCCAGCCAUCAACAACGGCGUGUACCGGUGCGGAUUCGCCACCAGCCAGGCAGCGUACGAGGCAGCAUUCGAGGAGCUGUUCUCGGCCCUGGACCGCGUGGAGGGCAUCCUGUCCCGCCAGCGCUACCUGGCCGGGGAGGUGCUGACGGAGGCGGACGUGCGCCUGUUCCAGACACUCAUCCGCUUCGACGAGGUGUACGUGGUCUAUUUCAAGACCAACAAGCGCUUCCUGCGCGAGUACCCCAACAUCGCCGGCUACGUGCGGGAGCUGUACCAGGAGUCCGGCAUGAAGCCGGCAGUGGACAUGUACCACAUCAAGACGCACUACUUCACCUCCCACCCCAAGCUCAACUACUACGCCGUGGUACCGCGCGGCGGCGAAGCCUGGUGGGAGCAGCCCCACGACCGCGCCGCCAAGUUCCCGGCCGCCGGCAAGCUGUGAGGGCAGGAAAGCCGUCAGCGCAGCGGCAUGGGAGAGAAACGGCGGGACGUCAGGCCCUGGAACGCAAUGUAGUAAUCCACGCAAUGCGGCGGGGUGUUGGCUUUGUACUGUAUAGCAGGGGAGGGCAGGCGUUGGCGCUGGCAUUGGCGUUGUGUUGCCGGAUGCUGACGAUGUAGUGGAUCGGGCUUUGCGGCGCCGCUCGGGCUCUAAGCCGGUCAUAGCAUGAAGCAUGCGCACAGUGUGGGGUACGGUAAUGCCGUAUGGUGGAACAUGCCUAUUGGAACACAACGGGAUGUACAUAACAGUGCAGAGGUGCACACUGCAGUCAUGACAGGGUAUGGGUGCGCCAGGCGCCUACCUGGGUAGCUGGUUGUGUGAUGGGACAGUGGUAAGGCAAGUUGGCAAAGUCCCGUAGGGUGCAGCUGAUUCCCAGACCCAACAAAUGGCAUACAAUUGGCAGCGGCAGGGCAAGAGUGCGCGGCUGGUCGAACGCCGGCCGCCUACCUGGGUAGCUGGUUGUACGAGUCGGUGCGGAGUGAAGGCCCAAACGGCUCCGUCUUUGCGGUUGUUAUGUAACCAUAUCAAAGC